CACUUCCGGUAAAGGAGGCGGAGAACUGACAGUGCAUCUAGACAUUUCUCCACGCUGUAAAAUGUUGAAAUACGGCUGUUAUAGAUGGUGAUUUUGAAUGUAUGAAUAUGUUGUCAAGUCUACUUAAACAACAUCAGGCGAAGCAGCAAGUUCGAAAAGAUAAACAAGAAAAGAAGAAGAAAGAAGCCAUAGUAGCAUCAACGGCUUUGACCCAUGCACUAGUCGACCAUCUGAAUGGAGGUGUGGCCCAGGCUUAUGUCAACCAGAAGAAGCUAGACACAGAGACAAAAAUACUACAAGCCAACGCGGGUCAGUUCUCAAAACAAACCAUCCAAUGGCUGAAACUUGUAGAGGAUUUCAACACAUCACUUAAGGAACUUGGUGAUGUAGAGAAUUGGGCGCGUAGUAUAGAGACCGACAUGAGAACCAUAUCUAGUGCCCUGGAGUAUGCCUACAGGAAAAGUAAGUAAACUGAAUGAGAUGCCACCAUGUCCUCUGGAAGAAACAACUUGGAAGACCGGGAGAGGGAGGGUCAUCAACCAAUGUUUACAAGAUGUUGGAUCAGAUGGAAUCAGAACUCCCAGAGGAGACAUGGAAGGUUCGAGAAGAAAGUGAAUAUGUAGAUUAUGUCUGGAGGAAGAAUGUUGUGUAUAUGAUGUUAACUGUUGGAGUAAGCCGAGUACAAUGUGUAGAGUAAGAGUAUGUCUAUUGAGUAUGUGCUGAAGAGUGAUUAUGUUAGAUAUGUUUUGAGUUUAAAUAUGUUGAGUAUGUCUUAUUUACUGUUGGAUUAAGUUGAAUACAAGGUGUAGAGUUUAAAUAAGUCAACUUGAAUGUACUUUUGAGUUUGAGUAUAUGCUCUUUAAACUUGAGUUCGUUGAGUUAGAGUGUGCUUGAGAAUUUAAACAUGUUGAGUAUAUGCUGUAGAAUUUAAAUAUCUGACAAGUUCUAGACAAACGAAACAGCUGUAUGGUGCAGUUUAAUUAAUUUUUGGCACUAUUGUAUCUAACUGUAUAAUGAAAGGAUGCUAAAUAUAUUGUGUCUUUUGUACGUUCCUGUGACACAUAUGAUUUAUGUUCAGAGUAAAGCGUGGUUAUUAAAGCUAUCUGCAUACAUAAGUAACUUGUAAGUUUCUUGACAACAUAGGGAAGUUUCUUUUUCAAUUAUUAUUCCACUUUAUUCAUUUAAACUUUUUGUGCUGGUAUGUUCAAUAACUCAAGUGUCCACUUAACUUUUUUCCAUUACUGUACACAUUUACGAGAUCGCAUGUUUUGCGUUCUGUGUAAAAAAAAGAAAUGAUGCAAAUCUGAGUUUAUAUUCUUACUUAAGAAAAUGAAAUGGGAUCAUUAAAACCUCAAUUCCAAGAAUGAAUGUGAUAUCUCAAAUAUAUGUGAACAAUGUUAUUGAAGCUAUGAGUACUACAUCACUGAUAUGUGUACAUCACCAUUGCUUUUUGUGUACAUACACAUGUGAUAUAAAUAAAAUAUAUUGAUAUCAA